UAGGGAUUUGUUGAGAUGGUUACUGGGAGUAAGGUAGAUAUGUUUUCUGAUGCAAAUGUUCGGAUGAAACUAGAACAUGGGAUGAUAAGAGGAUUAAAUGGUAAUUUAGAGGGUAGUUUACAGAGUGAGCUUGAAUUUAUGCUGCGUAAUCGAGAAGCUAUUGAUCAGGAGAGGGAUCUCAAUAUAUUUAGGAGUGGCAGUGCUCCUCCCACAGUAGAGGGUUCGUUGAAUGCCAUAGGUAGUCUGUUCAGGAAUCCAAAUUUUGCACUGAUUGACCAUAACAGUAUUAAUAGUAAUGGACAAUUGUCAGAACAAGAAAUUCGAUCACACCCUGCUUAUUUAUCGUACUACUAUUCACAUGAGAAUCUUAAUCCAAGAUUACCCCCACCAUUACUGUCACGAGAGGAUUGGCGUGUGGCACAAAGGUUUCAGGCAGGGGGGUCGUGUUUUGAAGGAAGUGGCGAUUGGAGGAGGACGAAUUUGGUCGAUGUUGGUGGAAAUUCAUCAUUAUUCUCAAUGCAGCCUAACUUAUCUGUACGGAAGGCAGAAGAUGAGUUGACGGAAUUGAGGAAAGGUACUCAAAGGAAUCUCUCAGGGCAAUCCUCCACUGAAUGGCUGGACAGAGGCUCUGAUGGUUUGAUUGGGUUGUCAAGCACUGGAUUGGGUGCAAGGAGGAAGAGUUUUGCUGAUGUCCUUCAGGAUGUGCUUCUCUUACUUGGGAAACCAAUAGAUUGAAGCCUAUCACUAUGUCAUUUAAUGUAACGGAGAAAUUAUUCGCUUCAUUACAAGGAUCCUGGAAUUAAAGGUGCAUGUUUUGAGUGUUUGAAGUGCCAUUGAAGGUGAAUUCACCUGCUCAAAGUCAGAAGGUAUUUGAUGAAAGUCUUGAUAUUUGAAAUGGAAGAAAUCCCUGCUACUGUGGAAGAUAUAAUCAUAUAACUUACUUAUAUAAACCUUUUUUUGUUGAAUAGUAAAUUUGUAUCAAGAAGAAAUGAAAGCAGGGGACUUUCAUUAAAUUGAUGGAGAUGUAAUACCAUAUUAGCCAAUCAAUCCCUCUAAAUCUAGUACUUUGGCAGUUGGUAAAAAAAUUGAUUGAUUUGAAGCAAAGACUCAAGAUGCUUUACAGUAACCUUGAACUGAGUUAAGCUACAAGAAGCACUUUAAAAUAUUUUAUAUAAAAUAUUUGCAAAAAUUUGUUGUAAAACCUUGGUUACAUACUAUAGCUAUAUCUCCUAAAUCGUAAUCUAUUCAAGGUUGUAAGAAGGA